CAUUUCUUCCUCCCUGACAUCACCCCCGUCAAUGUCAUUCCAGCUAUCUGUUCGUUCCUCCUGCCCACCGCAAUUGCCCGUCAAAUUUAUGUCGUCGACUCAUCAGUUCGUUUCCCGUUUUUUCAUUGGGACUUCGUUGCUAACCCUGACAAUACCUUGUUGCCGCAUUUUGUUUUGUAGACCACCCUCGCCGCAUCAUCCAGCAUUAUCGCCCGAUCAAGCUGCCAUUGCCUGCGCUACCGUAUUCCAUCCACGGAAAUGACGCUUAACUGCGAGCACGAUGUGCUCCAUUGAGCAGCAUUUCCCAACAGACAAGACAGGCCCGAGAACGACCACAGCGACGAGAGCGACGCAGCGCGGAAGCUGAUUAUGAAGUACCUCCUGGCCUUUUACCGCCUCUAUGUCCCCGCCAUCCGUCCUAUGGCGGCCGCUCCCUGUCUGUUAGGCAUGAACCCAGCUAUUGCCAUAAACGCAUUCACGAUCGAGACAACGGCCGUUCUCCUUUCCUUUGUCGUUGCUGUUACAUGUACCUUCACUACUUAAUACCUACCUCUCUAUCCCCCCUCCCUUCUGUGCCGCCGACUCUGCGUCUGCACGCUCACUCGGUGAGACAAGAUGAGGGCUUCUCCGGUUGGGGCAC